AAACUGAGAAAUAAAUAAAUAUACUGACACACAACAGAACAAAAUGCUUAUUUCAGCACCUUUUUUCAGCAUAUCGGUGUUAAAAUGAGCAUUUAAACUACUUAACUAUCUUUCAAACUAAAGAUAAUAAAGAGAAUAUUAAAUAAAAGCAGAAAAUGUUAAAUAAAAGCAGAAAAUAUUAAAUAAAAGCAGAGAAUAUUAAAUAAAAGCAGAGAAUAUUAAAUAAAAGCAGAAAAUAUUAAAUAAAAGCAGAAAAUAUUAAAUAAAAGCUCAUAUUUUGUCCGCAAAGUCGCAUUUUUUUAAAAAGUUUUUCAAAAAUUUUCGUGCGUAAAGAUGAGGACGUUUGGAGCCGCGUUCCAAUUCGUGUUGCGUGAAGGACACUUCGCUCACAGCAGUGACGUCGUAAAUGUUUGGGACGCGGCCUCCGUCGGCUCAGUCCCAUUACAAACAGGAAGUGUGCGGGGCUAGCUGACGUGCUAACCGCUCCACGCGUGGAUAUCUGCGUGUUUUACCGCAUGUCCGGCUCCUGCGGGUCGUGUGUCCGGGCCGCGGUCGGCAGAGGAGCCGCUCGGCUGCAGCUGUGAGCGGAUGUGUCGGCGUGUUUCAGUCCGAGGCCUUUAAACCCAGCAAAGCGCCGCUUAGCCGUGGAGCUAACGUCAGCUGAUCGCACCUCCUCCGUGUCUCCUUCUCCUCCGGCACCGUGACAUGAAGUCAUGGAGGAGGUGAGGAAGCUAAAGCGAAAGAGUCCCAGGACCUCCACCUCCAACACCAACACCACCAACACAGCGGCUCCCACCGCGGGCUCUGGCCGGAAAACGAGCACCUCCUCCGGGGGGAGGCACGUCGGCUACAGCCACAACACGGGGACUCACUCCAGCCAGAAGAGCAAGAGGAGGGCUGUCAGAGAUAAAUCCAGGCAUCACGCAGGCUCGGCUGCAAAAGCUAAUCCGAGCCAGAGCCAGAGCCAGGCGGCACCACCCAUCCAGCACUCCUUCCUGACGGAUGUGUCAGACGUGCAGGAGAUGGAGAACGGUCUGCUCAGCCUCCUCAACGACUUCCACUCAGGGAAACUCCAAGCAUUUGGCAACGAGUGCUCCAUAGAUCAGAUGGAGCACGUGAGGGAGAUGCAGGAGAAGCUGGCCCGUUUGCACUUUGACCUCUACGGCGAGGUGGAUGAAAUGCCCGAGGACCAGAGGAAGACGGCCUGUGACACCAACAUGGACAAGCUGCUCCUGAACCUCGAGGAGCUCAGUUCUUCGAUCCAGAAACUGAAUCUAGCCGACUCCCAGGAGAUCCCGAGGACUGCCAGCAUGUGACCUCUCCUCCUCCUGUCAGUCUGACCCUGCUGUUUGUUUUUCACGGCUGCGACGGAAAUAAGGUGGAGUCGAAGCGAACUCGAGGCACUUUCUCUGAAGUAUUACGGCGACGAAGCUGUUCACCAGCGACCCCUGAACGAACAGGGCGAUGUCCCAUCAGGGAUGCACCGACGGGGAAGUUCGCGCUUUGCUCUCGGCGUCGGUGCAUCCCAGCGGCGGCUCGUUUUUAAAGUCAGGUUGGAGUCAGUUCACUCACAGUUUUAGAUUUGCAAUACACGGCUAACCAAAGUGAACUCACCCUGUUUGUUUGAAGUGAACUGACUGCAAACCUUCAGACGUGUAUACAAAUAUAAACUCAUCCUGUUGCACUUUGUGUCACCAAUCAUCACAGGUGAUCUGUGAAUGUUCCCUCUUUAGAUAAAUCAUCGUUGAAUUCAUUAAAUCGGCCAAAAAGUAACACUGGAACGCACCUCGCUCAGUGUUGAACACAUAUUUGCACAUAUCCAUGCAACACGCGGAUCACGCUGAACAUAAUCACCGGCUGAAUCCAAAAUGUUGGACAUCACGACCAUGCCUUAAUUAAUUAUUUGAAACUUUUACUUUUGCCUUUUAUGACGUUUGAGAACGAACGACUUCCAUCACACGUGUUGAGUUUAGGUUGAUUUCAUCCGAUGCUGCUUUGAUUGUAAAUCCGACCUUCACUUCUGAUUUUAACCACUGUGGGACUGUUUUAAAGUGUUUUAACUGUUUUGUGAAUUUAUUUUUAUUGACUCAAUAAAUGUGUCGUGUGAAUCAUGUUACGUAA